UUACCAUUAUAUCUACUGCUCUUCUUAUUUACAAGCACACUCUGUCUAGAUGUGAGUCAAAUUCAAGUCCCUACAAAUGGAAUUUCUGGAGUAUUGUUAGUCCAAUCCAUGACCAAUGUGUACAGUUUUAAUGCCACCACAGCCAAAGAGGCAUGUGAGGCUAUUAAAAUGAGAAUUGCCAAAAAGGCUGAAGUGGAAACAGCAAACAAAAAUGGCUUACAGACAUGCAGGUACGGUUGGGUUGAAGAGCAAGUUGCAGUUAUUCCUCGAAUCGAGAAAAAUGAAAAUUGUGGUAAAAACAACUUAGGCGUUACUGUUUGGACAGCUAACAUCAGCAAAAUGUUUGACGUUUACUGUUUUAAGCCAGCAGGUCCUGGUGGAUCAUUUGAAACAACAUCAAGCAGGCCUCAACCUACAACAAGAGGAAGAACAUCAUCAAACAACGAUUAUUCCACUAAAACAACCCAUCCAUCAUCCAUUAAGUCAACCUCUUCUCCUGCCUACACAUCUAGAUCCCUUCCUCUCUACACAUCCACCCCAUCCAUUUCCUUUGCUUUCAACACUUCCUCCACAACAUUUAUAACACUUAGUCUUUCUAACAUCAGUGACAGUUCCCAGGCAACGACAAGCCCUCUGUCUCUUUCCUCACCCGAAUUCUCAACCUCGUCCCCCUCGUCUUCCUCUCAUUCAUCCACUCAAUUUCUUCUUCAGUAUAGUUCAACUCCAACAGGCCAGCCUGCAUUGUCCCAGACCACAACACCUAACACACCGCCCAUUAAAGCAGCUCCCAAAACAUUUGUCAUAAUUUCUGUCAUGGUACUGUUCUUGCUGGUAGCGGCAGGUGCAUCUUGGUAUCUUAAAAUAGGACAACGGUUUCCAUCCUGGACCAGAAUGAGGCCGAAACAGAUUAUUGAAACCGAAAUGUGGAAACGAAUAAGUGAGAGGCAUUGUAUGCCAGAACAGACCAGCAACGACAACAACAUUAGGAAAUGCAACAACAUCAUCCUUCAAAUGGAACAAGACCCGGACUUAAGCUAAAAACCACUGUAUUUUUGUAAAAACACUG